AUGGGGAUAUUUUCUCCGUACUCUUUUGCAGCCGGGAGCACCAGCCAUAAAACUGUUUCUUCAUUUACAUACAAUGCUGAAAGCUUCUUACUCAAUGGAGAGCCAUAUCAAAUAAUCGGCGGACAAAUGGAUCCGCAACGUGUGCCACGUACUUAUUGGCGCCAGCGACUACAAAUGGCGCGCGCAAUGGGCCUCAACACCAUUUUUUCAUACGUCUUUUGGAACCGACUAGAGCCUGAACCAGGUCAAUGGAAUUUCAGCGGCCAGAAUGAUAUAGCUGAGUACUUCCGACUAGCACAAGAAGAAGACUUGCAUGUAGUGCUGCGCCCGGGACCUUAUAUCUGCGGUGAACAUGAUUGGGGUGGAUUCCCUGCGUGGUUGAGUCAAGUACCUAACAUGGCAGUAAGACAAAACAAUCCACCAUUUCUAAAUGCAUCGAAAUCAUAUAUUACCCGCCUAGCGCAAGAGCUAAAACCAAUGCAAAUUACUUACGGCGGGCCGAUCCUCAUGGUGCAACUGGAAAAUGAAUAUGGGAGCUUUGGUUCGGACAAGACUUAUUUGGAAGCAUUAGCAACGAUCCUGCGAGACAAUUUUGAUCUAUUUCUAUACACCAAUGACGGUGGAGGGGAGUCUUAUCUUUCAGGUGGUCAAUUGCAUGGAGUACUUGCAGAGACAGAUGGUGACCCUCGGACAGGGUUUGCGGCUCGGGACAAGUAUGUCACAGACCCAACCAGCUUAGGGCCUUUACUGGAUGGAGAAUACUAUGUUACCUGGCUUGAUACAUGGGCUAGCAAUUAUUCAUUCGAGACAGAUGUUGGAAAUGCCGCUGCCACGAAAGAAGUAAUCAGUGACCUCGACUGGAUUCUUUCUAAUAAUAAUUCCUUCAGCUUAUAUAUGUUUCACGGCGGCACAAACUUGGGAUUUGAUAACGGCGGAAUAUGGGGCGGGACAUAUCUCGAGGCGGUCACAACUAGCUAUGAUUAUGGCGCACCACUUGACGAGAGUGGCAGACCGACAGAAAUUUACUAUGAAAUCAGAGAUUUAAUCUCGAAAUAUGUUCCUGCCGGGAGCAUUCCCGCCGUACCAGCUUUGCCGAACUUAACAACGAUAACUAAUAUCAAACUCGAACCGUCAGCAGAUUUAUUUGACAUUCUUGAGUUCUUUCCAACAAAAUCUGCGGAUAACCCUCUUAGCAUGGAAGCUUUGGGUCAAUCUUAUGGAUUCGUCCUGUAUGAGCACAUUGCAACAGAAUUUAUCCAAGGGACACUUACACCUGGUAUUGGAAUCCGUGACCGUGUUAUUGUUUAUGUUAAUAGUAUACGUAUCGGUGUUAUGGAUAGUACGUAUACGACACCGUCAUCCGUGACGGUUUCUCUACAGAAAGGGGACUAUUUGCAUUUACUGGUUGAAAAUCUCGGACGUGUCGAUUAUGGGCAGGAACUCAAGGACCAAACCAAAGGAAUAAUUGGAAAUGUGACCGUUGGAAUCAACUCAACAGUUUUAACUGGAUGGUCAAUGUAUUCACUCCAGCUGGACAGCGUUCCAACUGCCUCUAUUUCUUUAUCCAAACCCCCAAACCUGGAAAUAACCAAACCCCAAGGACCUCCUGUUUUUUACUAUGGUUCGUAUCGAGCACCACCUAGUAAUUCGCCCUCCAGCCUUAGCCGCGAUACUUUUCUCUCAAUACCUAGUGCCAUAAAAGGUGUGGUAUGGGUGAACGGCAUCAACAUAGGUCGAUACUGGACGAUUGGGCCCCAGCAAAGCCUUUAUGUUCCGGGCUGCUUUUUACAUGACAGGAAUGUUUUGAAUGAAAUUUUAGUAUUGGAGUUGGAGCCGCAGGCGAACUCUACACUUUUUGCACGUGGACUCGACCGACGUGAAUGGUUUAAUAACCCGGAUCCAGAUGCACCUUAG